AUGCAGCCACUCCUGCUCUUGUUGGCCUUUCUUCUGCCCUCCGAGCCUGGGACAGGAAUCAUCAUCGGAGGACAUGAGGUCAGGCCCCACUUUCGCCCCUACAUGGCGUUCAUUCAGGCUCCCAUGAUGGGGAAGAUCAAGAGGUGUGGCGGUGCCCUCGUGGAACUGGACAUUGUUCUGACAGCUGCUCACUGCUGGGGAAGGUCAAUCAAGGUGACUCUGGGGGCCCACAACAUCCGGAAGCUAGAGUGGACCAGGCAGGUCAUCCCUGUGAAAGAAGCCAUCCGCCACCCAGACUAUAUUCCUGGAGACUAUUACCAUGACAUCAUGAUACUAAAGCUGGAGAGAAAGGCCAAGCUGACUGCAGCUGUGUGGCCCCUCAUCCUGCCCUGGGGCACAGCCCAGGUGAGGCCUGGAGAGGUGUGCCAUGUGGCCGGCUGGGGGAAAGUUGCCCCAAAUGGCAGUGACUCCAGCACACUGCAGGAGGUGGAGCUGACGGUGCAGCAGGACGAGGUGUGCGAAGCCCGCUUAUAUGAUUAUUACAACAGUACCACUAUGCUGUGUGUGGGGGACCCGAAGGAAAAGAAGGCUUCCUUUCAGGGGGACUCCGGGGGCCCUCUCGUGUGUAAGGACGUGAUCCAGGGUGUGGCCCUCGGUGGACGAGUUGACGGGACAGCUCCACGGCUCUUCACCAAAGUCUUGAGCUUCUUGCCCUGGAUAAAGAAAACCAUGAAAUCCUAUGAAAAGCCUCUAACUGUAGGAACAAGCCCACCUUCUCUGGAGCUGAUCCAGAAUGUCACCAGCAACUAA